GUUUGACAGCAGAUUUUCCAUUUUCUAAAAACGCCUACUCGGAUAUGGAUUAGGAAAUAGAAACAGCUCUAUCUGACUAUCUCCUAUAUAUAUAGAGAUAAGUUUACAUUUUUACUCAACAAAAAAUACAAACACAGAAGAGAGAUUAACAAGUUUAUGAUAAUGCAUACGACGAACAAGUAUCCGAUAAAACUCCCCAACGAUUGCUCGCAGAAAGAGUUUAAGCGAGCGUUGGAGUUCGUGAAGAAAGUAAAAGAGAUUGAUGAAAAAGGAAACCACAGAGGAAUCUUCCUUCGAUAUACUACUGCAAUGAAGCUUUACUAUUCUGGAUCUUUGAGCGAAGUCGAUCUCAAAAACAGAAUCACGACUAUUUUCAAGAACUGCGACGUUUUGCUCGAUGCCUUUGAUCGAUUUCUGGAAGAUUCGAAUUCCAGUUCUCGUCAAAAGGAAGUUUUUGUUGAUCCAAAGAAUGUUAAACGAAUAAAGGAGUUCUUAAAGUCGUUGAGAAGAGACUGCGAGGAAUUAUGUGGAGUGCUUAUAGAGGCUUUCGUGAGGUUCAAGGAACAUAACGAUGUGCAGAUUUUAAAAGAUGAUGUUGACCUAAUGUUACGAGAUUAUCCUCGUCUAAAAGAGGAGUUUAGGAUGAUCCUACUCGACCACGGUUUAAUACAAGAUGAGAAACGAGAUGAGAUGACGCGUGGGGAAGAGGACGAGCUGUUCAAAGAUGAUAUGUACUUUCAUGCCAUAGAAUCGGCCAUUAAGUUUGCGGUGGCGGAGGAUAAUGAGAAGCCGGAGGUGGGUGUUUAUGGAGCCAUUAGACGGUUUUACAAACAACGACGCAGAAAGUUGCCACGAGGAAUCAUGAAAGAUCCGAAACUUGGAGUUAGAAGAAUUUUACCAAAUUUGCAGAGGAAGUACAACGAGUUGCUCAAGAACAGAACAAAGUCGCUUGAGAAAGUGCGAAAAGUGAAUGAAUCAUUGGUUGUUUUUGAUUGGGUACGGUAGAAUGUUGUGUUUUUUUUUUGUUAAGGGAAGUAUUUGGUUUGUUAGGGUUAAUUAGGAUAUUGUGUCUACUAUUCUAUUUAGAUUGAUAUUUGGCUUUUGAAACUUGAUUAACAUAAUGAUAACUUAUAAACCACAUGUUC